AUGCGCCGUGCUGUCGUUCUCCCACAAGAUGUAGGCGCCGCUGUCGCGCAGGCCGCCGCUGGCCUGAACCCUCCCGUCGCUCAACCACGCGCUGGGCGGCUCCCCGCAGCCGCGCAGGCCAGCGCUGCUUGUCGCGCCGCUGCUUCGCAUGCCAGCGCUGGAGCUGUGGGGCCCUGCUUCUGCCGUUGCCGUCAUGUUCCCUCUCCCGCGCUACUUCUCUCUCCCCUCCCAACCAUCCGCCCUCAUGUUCUCAUGCGCUUGCCUCCCUCGCUCCCCAACCGUGCGCUCCCACCCCCCUUCCCCUCAGGGCGGCGACGUGUUCGACUUCCCCUUCUCAACCCGUCUGCCCUUUCCCCUCCUGCUGCCUCUCUUUCCCGCCUCCUCCCCUUCCCCCUCUUCUCCCCCCUUCAUCUGCUCCCACCACAGGAAACGUUUUGCCAAGCCCCAGUUGCCUAG